AUCCCACAAAUAGCCCCAAUUAAUUGGUUAAUUUUAUUUUUUGUAUUUUCAAUUACAUUAGUAAUCUUUAAUAUUUUAAAUUACUUUUGUUUUUUUUAUACUCCAAUAAAAACGUCUCAAUCGUUAAAUAUUAAAUUAAACAAAUUAAAUUGAAAAUGAUAA